AUGAAUAAUAAAAAGAAAAUUGAACUUCAAGAUCUACUUGGUGCGAUCCAAGAAGAAACUGGUUUCAGUGGUUUAAAACAAAAGUUAGCCUCACUUGAAAGUGGUGGUAAUAAAGGAACGUACAAAGAUCCUUUGCCACCACCUUUGCCCAAACGACUUAAAGAUAGAUUAAAUCGACAAGCAGCUUAUGAGGAAACAAAAAAAGAGAUUUCAAAAUGGGAACCGAUUGUUAAACAAAAUCGCAUAGCAGAUCACUUGGUUUUUCCAAUAGAUGCCAUACCACAACAUCGUCCAACUAAUAGUCUAUUGGCCGGUACAUUCAAGCCAUCCACAAACUUAGAAAAAGAAGUAGAAUCUAUACUGGUGGAAAGUGGAUUGAAACAGGGAAAUGAAAAAGAACUUCAACAAUAUGAAAAACUCCAGUUAAACAAAUUAUCAAUAGAUGAAAUAAAAACUCGAACAAAGGAACUUCGUAGAAUGCGUGAAUUAAUGUUUCGAGAAGAAAUUAAAGCAAAAAGGAUUGCAAAAAUCAAGAGUAAAACAUAUAGGAAAAUUCGUAGAAAAGAAAAGAUUAAAUUAAAUCUUGACCAAUUAUCACAACUAGAUCCGGAGCUUGCAAGAGAAGAACGCAUAAAACUUGAUACAGCUAGAGCAAAAGAACGUAUGACCCUAAAACACAAGAAUACAACUAAAUGGGCUAAACAAUUAUUAAAAAAUGGACAUCAUGAUCCUGAAACAAUUAAAGAUGAUGCUUUUGAUGAACUAUCCCAAUUAGUAAAUGAUGAAGCUUUAAAAGAUGAAACAUCAUUAGGUAUAAUGGGUAUGAAAUUUAUGAAAAAUGCCAUUGAAAGAGAAAGCAAACAAACUGAAGGAGGAGGUAGCAAUAAAAAAAAGAAGGCCAAAAAAAAUCAUGAUGAAAAAGAAUCAAUUACUUUUGUUGGUAAUAAUAUGGGAAGAAUGAUAAUUGGUGCUGGAACAAAGAACCAAUUACUAAAAAAACAAGAAAAUACUAAAGUUUUAUUUGAUCAAGGACCAACUAUAAAAAAGUUGCCCAAAUCUAUAUUUGAUGGAGAAAUUAAUCCAUGGUUACAGACAGACACUUCUCAAGUUAUGGCUAUUAGUAAAAAAAAUAAUAAAGUUACUAAUAAAAAAAAUGAAACAAAAUCUGAUAAAUUAGUUAAUAAAUUAAAGAGACAAAAGCAAUCAAGAAAAGAAGAUGAUGUUGAGAUUGAUUUAGACAAUGUUUUAACAUUCAACGAAAGUCUUCAGAAAAUUGAAAAACAGACAAAGGUAGUAAAAAUUACAGAUAAAGAAAUUGAGGAGGUAGAUGUUGAGGAGGAUGAGAAGAUAACAAAUGAUUACAUUCAUAGUAAAGACACUUUGAAAUUUACACAGAGAGAAUUAGUUUCAAGAGCUUUUGCUAAUGAUAAUGUAGUUCAGGAAUUUGAAGUGGAAAAACAAGCUAUAAUUGAUGAAGACGCACCCAAAGAAGAAGAUAUAACUUUACCUGGUGUGCGAAAACGUAAACGAAGGAAAUUGAUUUCAACAAUUCCUGGAAUUGAUUCAUCUAAACGUAAAGAUUCUAAAUUAAAACAUGUUGUUAUUAAUGAAAAAAGAGUUAAAAAGUUUGCAUACUCCACUGGGCAAGGAAUGGAAUACUGUCGAAGUUUAUCAAAAAUUAAAUAA